UUCAAGACAAGUUUUUACUUCUUUUCAUUCUUUUUCUAAGUAUUGUUGGCUGCAUAAGCAAAAUGACAAGCUUAGGGAAGUUGGGGCAAUUGCCUUUACUUGUAACUGCUUUGGUAAUUUGCUUUAUAGCCAGCACUGUUGUUGCUGAUUACUCUUAUGGGUAUGCUUCUCCCUCACCUUCUUACACCUCUAAGAAGUAUUACAAAUCACCAUCUCCACCCAAGUACUCAGUACCUACUCCUUACUAUAAGUCACCUGCUAUUGCAAAGCACUAUUACAAGUCACCAUCUCCCGCAAAAUACUACAAAUCUCCAGCUCCCGUAAAAUAUUACAAGUCGCCAGCUCCCACAAAAUACUACAAAUCGCCAGCUCCCGCAAAAUACUACAAGGCGCCAACUCUCGCAAAAUACUACAAGGCGCCAGCUCCCGCAAAAUACUACAAGUCACCAGCUCAUUCAAAGAACUACUACAAGUCGCCAACUCCCGUAAAAUACUACAAGUCGCCAGCAACUUCAAAGAACUACUACAAGUCGCCAUCACAUGCAAAAUACUACAAAGCGCCAGCUCCUGCAAAAUACUACAAAGCACCAGCUCCCGCAAAAUACUACAAGUCGCCAUCACAUGCAAAAUACUACAAAGCGCCAGCUCCUGCAAAAUACUACAAAGCACCAGCUCCCGCAAAAUACCACAAGUCGCCAACUCCCGCAAAAUACUACAAGUCGUCAGCUCCUUCAAAGAACUACUACAAGUCGCCAGCUCCCGUAAAAUACUACAAGUCGUCAGCUCCUUCAAAGAACUACUACAAGUCGCCAGCUCCCGUAAAAUACUACAAGUCGCCAUCACCAGCAAAGUACUACAAAUCGCCUGCUCCCUCUAAAUAUUAUAAGUCUCCGCCACCACCAAAAUAUUACAAGUCCCCAGUUUAUUAUAAAUCUCUACCACCACCAACUUAUUAUGAGAAAUCACCUUCGUAUUACAAGUCACCUCCACCUCCUCCAACAUACUAUGAGCAAUCACCUAAGUCACCUCCACCCCCACCAAAAUACUACGAGCAAUCACAAUCUUCUUACAAAUCUCCUCCACCUCCACCAAAAUACUAUGGGCAACCAUUGUCAUACAACUCUCCACCACCACCACCAAAAUACUAUGAGCAAUCACCAAUCAAUUAUAAGUCUCCCCCUCCACCGUACUACAAAGAAUCUACACCUUCCUACAAAUCUCCUCCACCUCCACCAAAAUACUAUGGGCAACCAUUGUCAUACAACUCUCCACCACCACCACCAAAAUACUAUGAGCAAUCACCAAUCAAUUAUAAGUCUCCCCCUCCACCGUACUACAAAGAAUCUACACCUUCCUACAAAUCUCCUCCACCUCCACCAAAAUACUACGAGCAAUCACCUAUAACUUACGACUUACCAUCUCUGCCAAAGAUCAAUGAAAAAUUGCCAUCAUACUACUCACCUCCACCACCAACGAAUUACUAUAAGCAAACUCCCGCCUAUGCCUCACCUCCACCACCUGCAAAAUACGAGCAAUCUGCCACCCAUGCUUCACCUCCUCCAGCAACCUACUACUAGUAAUGAUCAAACCAUUCACUUCUAUCAAUUUUCACCAUUUCCUUGAUUUUUAGAUCCUUUUCAUCCUCUUAUUUGAAGGAUUUCUGUUUUCUCUCCCAAAAUCUUAUGUGUGCUUCCCCAAAGGGUCGGCUUUUGUUGCUGUGUGCUCAUUCUAAUUUAUAAUUUGCAUUAUUUGAUAUUCAAGAUCCUCGAGAUCUCAAACAGUAGUUUGUCUUAUUGUAUCAAUUAAGCCCCUUUCGGUGUAAUUCUCUUGAGAAUUUUAUUUUAAUUGGUUGAUAUUAUAUUCUUCUUUAUUACUA